AUGCCCGAAACGACUAAAAAGAGAAUCAAACGCUCUCGUUUGGGCUGCCAUAGGUGCAAAAAACUCAAGAUAAAGUGCUCCGAAGAUAGACCAACAUGUGUCGCCUGUGCCAAAGCAAAGGUAUCGUGUGACUACUCGUUGAAGCUCACGUGGGGCGGAAGGCCGUAUAAGAACGUUGAACGACGGAAAGCUUCACAGAUCAAAGCGCCUUCUCAUCUGGGCGGAGGCACCAACCCCGGAGAAAUCACAUUUGUUGCAAGCUCCUUCGAGGGAAAGACCGAAAGCGACCAGCUGGCUCUGGUGAGCGAAGAGCCGGCCUCUCCAUCUGUUGCCUCGGGACAGAUCAAGUUUGAAGAAGAUGAAACUGCUGUGAACAUGGCACCCUCUGUCUCCAACGCCUCAACCAACAUUUCCACGAACAUGUCCACAAACAUGUCUCAAACCCUGAGCGGAAGCUAUGCUAUUAACUCGGAAAAGACUCUCCCGAACCACCUGCCACGCUUCUCCCCAUUGCAUUACACCGUGUCCCCGGACAGAAACCUCGAUCAUAUCGGGUCCCCUGCAAACAGUACGCCGCUGCUUAUAACUGGCAUAAUUGAUAGCUUCUCCCAUGACAUUGCCGAACUCGAAAGGCAAAACGAAAGCUAUGUCCGGUCCAGUCACAGUGGCUCUCCCAAAUCUAACCCAGCCUGGUCCCCCACUGCAUUGAUCAAGUCACCUUCUAUGGGGUCUGUUUCUCCCAUGAGCCCAAUCACGCCAAACUCAGACCCAUUACUGCGAUAUCACUCCCUUCUUAAUCAUACGUCUCCUUCAGAGCCCCAUCAGGCCUUGCAUACCUUAUAUUCCAUCCCACCACAACUCACACCGCUCCCGGAUCUUCUAUUGAAGGUCCCAUGUUACCGUCAAUUACUCAACUUUUGGGUUGAAGUGGCUUCUAAUGAACUUGUUCCUGCCCCUUCACACCUAUAUACUGACAACCCGUUCAAGGUGUUGGUGCCUCAGAUGGCAAUGCGAUAUCCCGGAGUUUUAACUACUGUUCUCGCAUUUGCUGCCCGCUGGAGAGGUGUCUUGACCAAUGACCUAGAAGAUGCGACGGAGCUUGUUGAUCAAUUGUUGAACAGAUCGUGUAAUGAGCUUCUCAAACAACUUCAAAGCGAGGAAGAAGCCACCUCAGAUGGCGCGUUGCUUACUGCAUUACUCUUGUCCUGCUACGAGGUGGUCAAUUCGAAUGACUUUGACAAGCACAGAACACAUACCAUUGGUGCAAGUCAAAUCGUCCUUGCUAGAAGUGCUGCUAAAGAGGCCCAUCAAAGCUCGCCAUCGUCCGACGACUCUGACAACUCCGAUCGUUCCCUUUCCAUGGUUUAUCAUAGAGAUGAAAGCAAUACGGCGUUCUUCCUCACGCGAUGGUUCUUCUACGUUGAUGUGCUCGGAGCAUUGUCGGCAACUCGAGGGCAAGAUAAGUACCUUCGUGCCUACAGAAACAAUCCCUGCUAUGUGCCUGUGGCUGCUAACAAUUUGGCGUUGAACGAUGUGCAAAAUCUUGAUCUUCGUAACGACAUUGAUUUCUUCAUGGGCUUUGACAGCCGUAUUAUCCCUCACCUCAUCAACAUUGCACUCCUUAUUCGUGAGGUCGAGAAGGCAGAGGAAGCUUCGAACGAUGAAGUUCCCCAGCUACCUGUUUGGAUAGUCACAGAGGCAUUGGAACUCAAACACAAAUUCACACAGGCCCACGAAGCAGGUGAGAUUCGGAGGCAGGCCCUGACGGAACGUAACAUCGAUACGACCUUAAAGCAGGACUCCCGGACGGAUAAGCACAAAGGCAUAGACAAACUUCUUGCACACGAUAACACACUUCGUGCCAGCAACAAGCUAUUCUUCUACAUGGGGAUGAUAAACCUCUAUCGUCGUAUUCUCAAAAUCCCUCGGCUGUCACCGAUCGUUCAACAAAUUGCAAACGACAUGGCCGAUGUCUUGCGAUUUGGAAUUGAACCAAGAAGCUCUGCCGAGCUCUGUACCAUCUUUUGCCAUUUCUGCGCCGGGUGUGAACUCCUCGAUCCAGAGAGAAGGCAGCAGAUAUACGAGAGACACUUAUGGAUGGCCCAAUCUGGUAACAACAACGCUUCAAAGAAUUCAGUUGCAGGCCUCAAGAUCAUCAUGGACCUGCCUUCCUUCAGAGAUGAGUUGAUACGUGAUAUCGAGAAGAGUCACUUAGAACCAGGCUCCUCAGAGCUUCAGUCAAGUGUUCUUAUGAGAUGCAUGAAGUUCCUUCAGCUGGAUUACACUGAGAACGAGUGUGAUCUCUUCUCACUGCCUACCAUUCAACCAAUUGCCGGGCAUGCCCUCAUUAUGUUCUCCUUUCCAGGCAAGACAAACUCUGUUGUUGAAAACAGAUUGGCUCGCAGUAUAAUCUCAAGUAAAGAGAAUGCUAGAGGCUUCUACAAAUGCUUGUCAGAGUUGAGAUAUCGCUUUGUCGUUUUGCGUCACAUUCCGGUUGCUCAAGUCAACCAAUUCCUCAGCAUCAUAAACAAGUGGAUUGCAAAUCGACUCAAGCAAAAGCUUCAAGACGGUUUUGAUGAAAUGCUGGCCUUCGAAUGCUUACAGAAUCCCACAAUCCUUAGGGAUGACGCGGACCUAUUGAAAGAAACGGUUUCAUACUAUACGAAGCCUGAUCUGAAAGCCCCGGACGUUUUAACACCAGCUUCUAUAAUGCUCUUCGUGAGCGAUGAUCUGGUCGUUCGCAAUGUGGGCCAGAAGCUCAUAUCAGCUGCCGUGAAUUCUGAACCGGAUCCUCAGGUGGUCGAUGAAUUCCACUUUCAACUUUACCGUGUCCAGGAUGCAAAGCACUAUACUCCAGAGUUCUCGGAGCGCUUCUGGCUCAUGGCUGUCCACUGUUUAAGCCCAUUGGAUGCUACACAUAUUGAAAGAUUCGCUGUACCGAAGGAUCUCGAACAGCUGAGUCAAUUCACUCAAAUCAGGCUUUUUCCUUUGGCUCGUGUCCUUUUAAACAACAUUCUUGCACAGAUGGAGACAACUUUACCAAUUCUUCUUCGACUUCUUACGAUCCUUCUAAGAGCUUUUAAAGUGGACUUCUACAAAUUAUCUGACGGGCUUUACUAUAGAAACUUCACCGACGCAAUUCUUCAAAGUCCAGUUCAUUCUCGUCUUCUUCAGAAGGCAAAGGCAUCCAAUGACGCAAAAAGUUUGGUUGAUCUCUCGUCUUGGGCAAUUCCGUUCAUAGAAUCAUUGGCCGGGGCCCAAAAGUUGGCCGCCGCUGUGACAUUAUGCGAUUACUACGUCGUUCAAGAUAUUCAGUGUUUGAAUCCUUGGAGACUCUUGCUGUUAUCCUUCGAUUCAACAACCCUAGCUCAAUGUCGCAAUGAACCCCUGGGAUUCUUGAGAUUGAGUGAUGCCCGAAAGUUAGUUUCAAGACACGCUAAAAGCAUCGUUUCUACCGCUAAAAAUCCGUCGGGAAGUUUUGCAUCUAGUGCUACAGAGUUAAUCAAGCUAUCUCUCAGUUACGAUAUCAUGUUCACCGCACACAACUCUUUGCAAUUGCAAAAGAAGGAAAUCCCGACCCUAUUAGAUAUCGAUAGCUCACUUUGGGAGGCAUUACUUGAUACUCCAUUCAAACUGCAAGAGAUGUUAAGUGCUCUUUUGCAAUCUCUCAACGACGUCAUUUCCAUUAUCAUAUUCAAACCGAGAAAAAAUGGCAGUCCUGACAAGGAUCUAGAAUCCGCUAUCAACAUGCAUAACAGAGAUACAAGAAAGCUCUGCACUAACAUUUCGGCAAUCCUCGAAAAACUUGCACUUGCUGACCCUGAACUGAUGCUGGCUGUUCUACAAAAUGCAGCUUCGCUGAUGGCGAUGUGGAGUUGCAUUUUUUCGCCAGAAACCAAUCAAUCUGCAUUGAACAUUUUAUACCUGGUUUAUGAUGCUGAAGGGCGUUAUGAGGCCAUCUGUGGUCUUCUUAAUUCAUCGAUUGAAAAUAACUUAGCUGCCAUAGUGGACUCUUUUGCAACAAUAACGACCAUGAGAGCUUUCGAGCCAUGUCCAAAAGCUGUGAGAAUCUUGAUGGAUGUAACCACUGCUCUCGCUGACCCUCUUUCAGGAAUUUUAACAACGACAUCGGAAAAGGCUCAGAACUGUGGUCAGCUUGUUCAGCUGCUUUGGGCUGGAAGCUGGCUGUUUUUAGUCAUGAUUUAUCAGCUCACCCUAGUCUGGGCUACUAUGUACCAUCUAUCUGACUUGGUGGAGUUCACGCGUGACGUUCUUGAUGUGAGUCAUUCACUUCUUGACUCCUUCAGACCUACACUAGACUUUUUAGACAAUCCUGAGGUGAAAGGACCGUUGUUUGGAAAGUUCUUGAAAGCUUUCAAUCAUGUUAUUGUGUGGUUGAGACUUGGAGACUUAUCACUUUUAAACUCAUGCGUCAACUUGGUUUUCAAAGGGUUUGAUCUCGCAAAAGAGAUGGGAGUUUCGGUUGACAAAGAAUUUUUGACUACAUUCGUGAAGUAUGGUGCCAAAGCGAAGAAGUUCAACAACAAACUCACGGAGCAACAAAGAGAAGAUGUCCUUGCUAAAGCUAGCGAGUUUGAUGAAGCUUUGGUACAAUCAGUCGUUCAAGAAGCUCGUCAACAGCGCUCUGCCACAAAAGAACAAGCUAUUACCCGUCCGCAGCCAGUGGAAAAAGGCGCCACAUAUGCAUAUCAAUCUGCUAAACCUAAACAGAGUAAGCAACUGUUACUUACAAGAUUUGGUGUUGUCUCAAAAGAGCCCCCCGUUGCUCCAGCACCUCCCAAACCUUUCAAGUCCAACAACUUGGAAGCAAUCAGAAACGAACUCAAAAAUAGCAGAGCUCCACAAAAACCAGCGGCUGCUCCGGCUCCCCCGAGACCUGCUGGAUUCAACUCAAAACGUGCACCCGUUGUUGGUCGGUCUCUCAAUGCUUUGAAGCACAAGGGUGCUGAUUCUGAUUCCUCCGAUGAGGAUGAUGAUGGCAUUGAUACGUCCGACCUAUUUUUGGACUCGAAGAAGAAGUCAAAGAUCACUGAGUUGGACAUAAAUGGUAAUCCAGUCACAAAAAUUGCACAGAAUAAAAGAGCAAAUCAAGAACGCAGAGAAGAAGAGCGGAUGAGAAUGCGUCUCAAUGUGAACUUGAAGCCACUUUACUCUAUUAUUUUGAAAUGGAAUUACAAUUCGGAUAGUGCAUACCCAACUGAAGACCGUGACAUCUAUCAACCGAUCAAAGACUCUUACACAGAUGUGAAGGAGUAUGUGAAACUCACGGAGCCUUUGUUAAUGCUUGAGUGUUGGCAGGGAAUUCAAUCUUCAAGGACAACAGGUCAAGAAUUACCAGUUCAACUUUUGGUGGGUAGCCGUACAACUUGUGAUGGUUUCUUCGAUGUAUAUGCUUCGAUUAAAAAGGCUGAUCUUUCGACGAGAAAAAUUGGUGAAACAGACUUAAUGGUUUUGGGUUACGUCGCAGACAAGGGCAUUGAGCAUGCCAACGAAGUAUCUCAGUACCUAAAACGUCCUGGGACUCAGACUUGCUUGGCCAAGGUCAGGAACAUAAAGCAUGCAAAUUCUGAUUAUUGUGACAUAACUCUUCGAGUAUACCCGCAAGGCUCCAUGAUGGGUCUUUUGACGCCGAAGACGGUUAUUGUGGGAAUGAAAGUGAUGCAGAUGAUUACUGUCGAGAGAGAAUUCUCAUCCCUUAAGGGCUUGCCUUACUACGACUUGUGCGAGGAAAUCCUAGCUGGCAAACCUUCAAAACCUGUGGAAAUCUCUGACGAUGAGGCAAAGGCCAUGGUAAGACAAAAUAACGUCAAUAUUUCACAGGCCAAAGCUAUCUUGGCUUCAGCCAAAGCUGAGGGUUUUUCUCUUAUCCAGGGUCCUCCAGGUACUGGUAAGACAAAAACAAUUCUAGGCAUUGUUGGUCAUUUCCUUUCGAGUACCCGUGCUGAGAAUACAAUUCGUAUUCCUACUCCUUCAUCUUCAGUGUCUCGCAGUGCAACUCCAGAAGAGACACCCAAGGGUCCUAAAGUACUUAUUUGUGCGCCGAGUAACGCUGCUGUCGAUGAAUUGGUCGUUCGUCUUAGAGAUGGCAUUGUUGACUCGAAGGGAACAUCUCUUAACCCGAAGAUUGUUCGUUUGGGAAGAAGCGAUGCUAUCAAUCAAGCGGUGAGAGACCUUAGUUUGGAGGAGCUCAUUGAGAGACAACUUAGUGUUCGUACCACCGAAGCAAAAAUUGAUCCUGGUAUCAGAAGCGAGCACACGAAGUGUAUUGCAGAACGUGACAAGAUACGUGAAGAGCUCAAGAGGGGUGAUUUGAAAGAUGAUAAAAUCAUAGAACUUGAAACGAAAUUGAGGGAAAUCAACAAGAAACGGUCGGAGCUCGGAAAGCGACUUGAUGAUCAGAGAGAAAACGCCUCAAUUGCCUACAGAACACGAGAAAUCGAGAGGCGUCAAAUACAAGCCAAAAUCUUAUCUGAAGCACAAAUCAUUUGCUCAACUUUAUCUGGUUCUGCGCAUGACUUCUUGGCUAGUAUGUCGAUGAAGUUUGAUCAAGUCAUCAUUGAUGAGGCAUGCCAGUGUGUGGAGCUCUCUGCUAUUAUUCCUUUGAGAUAUGGAUGCAAGAAAUGUAUUAUGGUGGGAGAUCCAAAUCAGCUUCCUCCUACAGUGUUAUCGCAAAAGGCUGCUUCAUAUAAUUACGAAGAGAGUUUAUUUGUGAGAAUGCAGAGACAGCAUCCAAAUUCCGUUUAUUUGUUGGAUGUUCAAUACCGAAUGCAUCCUGAUAUUUCCAAAUUCCCAAGUGCUCAGUUUUAUAACUCGAAACUCACAGAUGGUUCGGGUAUGCUCCAGAAAAACAGCCGCCCAUGGCAUAACGAAUACCCUUUCACACCCUACCGAUUCUUUGACAUUGUCAGUAGGCAUCUGCAGAGUGAGAGGACGAAAUCUUUUUUCAAUUAUUCAGAGGCACAAGUCGCGUUGGAGUUAGUUCAGAAGUUGAUGGACAUUUUACCCACCAACCAGUUCAAGGGUAGAAUUGGUAUCAUUUCGCCGUAUAAGGAACAAAUCAGAACUUUAAGGGAUGUUUUCAUAAAAAAGUAUGGAAGCACUAUCCUAGCUGAAAUCGAUUUCAACACUGUGGACGGUUUCCAAGGUCAGGAAAAGGAAAUCAUUAUCAUGUCGUGUGUACGAGCUAGCGAGAGCGGAAGCGUCGGUUUCUUGAGUGAUGUGAGACGUAUGAAUGUUGCUCUCACUCGUGCUCGUACCACGCUUUGGAUCUUGGGUAAUAAGUCGUCUUUGAGAAGAGAUAAGGUAUGGUCAAGACUUAUAAAUGACGCGGAGUCACGUCAUUGUAUGACUUCUGCAGAACCUGGCUUCCUUAAGAGAAUCGAGGGUAAUCCUGACUUGGGUAAAUCGAAGCCAUCGAAGUCAAUCGCCGAACUGACCACACCUAAGGUGACAGAGACUAAAGCACCUGAUGCAGUGGUGAAGGAAGCAUCUCAAACUGCUGUACCCAAGAGACGAGCAGAAAAGGAUGUUUUGCUGCCGUCUGACCUUGAACCACCUCUCAAGAAAAAACCUCUGGCUGUUUUCAAACAGCAAGCCGGUUCUACCAAUCCAUCUUUGCCAAAAAAGCCAAAGGUAAACAAAAGUGGAGUUUACAUCCAUAAUGGCCAACAGAGCACUAAUGCUGCAACUGCUCCAGCCAAACAAAGUGUGCAACCUGCUUUGCCCGAAGGAGAGAAGGAGCUGGUUGAACAGAAGCCCCCUAAGGCUGUUAACAGUGGCGUCUAUGCCCCGCCAGCUGCAUCCAGAGGAAAUGGAAAUCGCAAGAAGUCAAGCGAUGUAUUUAUUAGAAGACGAGGCAAUUCAGGUCGCCCACCCAACUCUUAUAGACCAUGA